CAGCCGUCUGCUUGGCUCGAUACUUUUAAAAAGCAACGCUGCAGAUUCGUUGGCAUCGUGUUUACAGGCGGAUUUCCAUCCCUCUCCUCUUCACUCCGGUCACACACACCGACCUUGUUUGAACCACCGCCGCCGUCUCCUCUCAUCCCGUCUCCUCCUCUGAACCACCCGCUGCUGUCUCAUGGCGCUGUAACUCUUGUGUGUGUUUGUGUGUGAUUGGUUGGGUGUUUUAUUUUCGGGUCUCGGACCAUCGUGCGAUGCCAUUACUCCCUCAGGACGCAGAUCGAUUCGAUAGGGUGUCUCUCCUCUACUGGACGAUCAUGGGCCCGCACGGCAUCAACCGACCUGUACAGAGGCUGGAGUUCUGUGACUGCAAGAAGGGACUGGGUGUGAAGAUAAUCGGGGGUUACCGAGAGCUGACAGGGGAAGAGUUCGGCAUCUACAUAAAGCGAGUGGUAGCUGGUGGGUUGGCAGCUCUGGAUGGGCGGCUUAAGUCAGGUGACCUGAUUUUAGAUGUCAAUAACAUCAGUCUGAUAGGAGUGACCAAUGAGAGGGCGGUGGAGAUCCUGAGGUCAGCCUCGCUCUCUAAUCACAUGUCCCUGCUGGUUGCCAGAGACGAUGAAUCCAGGAGGGAGUUUGCUGAGCUGAUGGAAAAGUACAGCUCCAAUAAUAUCACAGCUUCAGGACGAAUCUCUCCUACUCAGCUCUCCACAGGAAAGCUGACAGACACGGCCUCCUCCUCCUCCUCUUCCAGAUCAGAGAGCCCCCAGCUCCUCAGUCCUAAAGAGGGGGUCACCGCCUACACCCACGCCUCCCCUUACUCUGCCAACCCCCCCUACACUGUGCACACUCCCACGCACGCCUUCAGUGACAGUGUCAUUCAGUUGAUAUGCGUAUCCAAGGGAACAGGCCUGGGGCUCGUCAUCAAGGGCGGAGCUAACCGCGCAGAAGGACCAAUGGUGUUCAUUCAGGAAAUAGUGUCUGGAGGAGACUGCCAGAAGGACGGCAGGCUGCAGGUCGGAGACCAGCUGGUGUCCAUCAACAAAGAGUCUCUGAUUGGAGUGACAUACGAGGAGGCCAGGAGCAUCCUGACACGCACCAAACUCAGACCAGACCCCACGGUGGAAAUCGCCUUCAUCCGGCGGCGGUCUUCCUCCAGCUCCAGCAGCGGGCCUCACAGCCCCAUCUCCAUGCAGGGGUCUGGUGGUGGAGGUGGGCCCCAGACGAGGCCCCCAGGGCUGGGGGCCAUGCCUCCUCAGGCUGCCGUGGUCACCAAAAUCACCUCCAGCAGAAACCCUGCCAGUGAGACUCUGCCGGCGGUCAACGUCAGCCAGGUGCGAGUGUCUCCAGUCAGAACAGAGCCGACACGUGUGUCCUCCCCACCAGAGAGCGACAGCAUCACUGAUACAAACCCUGAGCCGACCAGCAGUCAGCAGCCUCCUCACAGGAAGUGCUCCCUCGAUACCAGCUGUCGCCUCAAACUGGAGAGGAUGGAGCAGGCUCUGGAUCUGCUCGGUCUGAAGCCCACAGACGCUCAGCGGCAGGCGCUCAGGUCCAGACUACGAGCUGAUUCAGCAGGGACGGUGGCCUUCACAGAUUUUGAGAGCCUGAUCAGGGAGCUGUUUAAGCCUCAGCUGGAGGAGUUGACCGUCAGCCAGCCAGGGUCGAGGUUAACGUCUGAUGACCUGUACAGUUUGUUGGAGUCACUGACCAACACACGGUCGUCACAGUCAGACUCGGAGGACCUGGAGGAGAUGGAGAGACUGAGGAAGGAGCACAUCGAGGCGCUGAGGGAGAUCAAGAGGCUCCAGGAGCAGCUGGUCGAGUCCCAGAGAGUUCACCAUCAGAUGGAGGAGGAGCUCAGCAAAGUGAAACAGGAGGUAAAACUGGGAGCGGAGGAGAGUCGUGCUCUGAGGACUCGGAUCCAGCUGGCCGAGGCGGCUCAGAAGCAGGCGAGGGGGAUGGAGAUGGACUACGAGGAGGUGAUCCACCUGCUGGAGGCUGAGAUCGCUGAGCUGAAGACUCAGAGGGUGGAGCAGCCGGCGUCGACCAACAAGGAAGAGACGGAGGAGCUGAAGAAGAGAAUGGCCGUCCUGGAGUGUCAACUACGGAAAAGCGAAGCUGCCAAAAAGGGUUUUGAGAUGUCAACGGGAAAACUGCUGAGUUUUGUGGAGAACGUUCAAGAGUUCCUGCUUGAAAGCCACGGACCAACAAAGAGCUACAGCUCUGGAGACGUUAAAGUUGGAUCGUCAUCAUCAUCAAGCCUCCCCCCUCGCUACAAGAAGAGUCCCUGGACGGCGGCCACACUCGCCCAGGAGGCAAAAGAGCUCACAAGGACUGUCAGAGCCAUCCUGGAGGUCGACUUGCUGACCUUCUGACCUUCUAGAGGAUCCAACUGUCAGCAAGGCUCUGAGACGUCUGCAGGACAUCAACAGCCAACCUGAGCUGAACCUGAACUCUCUUCCCUGACAACUCCUCAUCUCCUCAGUACCUGCUAGCAAUGGACUCAUGUCUUAACUCUGCAUGAAACACUCUUCUGUUUGCACAUUUAUCACAAGACAGUUUCUGAAUAGUCAAUACCCACCAAACAGUGGUUUUAUUCCAGUCUUUUAACCUGAUUAAUUUGGAAAAGGAAUGAUUACAUGUAUUUAAUUUGCUUUCUUAAAGGAUGUUCGUCACUCAAACUGACGUUUUGUCUGAAACAAUGAUUAGUUUAUCUUUGGAGAGACUUGAAAUAAGUUUCAACAGGUUAAAACACUGGAAGGAGAUCAUUGUAAAGUUGAUGGACUCCAUGAACGUUUAAAAAUGUUUGCCUAUUGGUCACUUUAUUAAUUACAGGAUGACAGUGUUGGCACCAAAACUGUCUGGCCUGCCUGCUAAAUUUUCAGGAUACGUGAUGUUAAAAAAUUUGUGCUGUUGACCAAAAGCUAACUCAACAGUUCUGACCUUUGAGGAAACUAAGAGACUAAGCCAUCCACAAUGGAGGAAGGUAUCGUAGCCACUGUGACAUCACUCUCUAGUUUGUGGAUUCCCCAAUGAAGCCUCAAGUUUGGCAGUUUGGCUGUCGCCAUCUUGAAUGUUUGGAGCUAAAGGUGACCAUAUUUGGACGAGAAAGUGGAGAUAACCCUAAUGCUAGCUGCUAGCCUGGUUAGCACAGAGCACUUACAGUUGUAGUUAACUGCAAUAAUUCCAAUGCAAAUCUUUAGGGAAACAGGUUUAAAACAGUUAAAACUAAAUAAUUUUACAAGAAAAACUGAAUAUCUGACUCCUGUUGGACAUUUUAAAGGGAUAGUGCACCCAAAAAUGACUCACCCAUAUGCUGAUGGAGGCUCUGGUGAUGUUUGAGAGUCCUCACAACACUUGCAGAGAUCCAAGGGGAGAGUGGGUAUGAAUUUUCUUUUUUGGGUGCACUAUCCCUUUAACAUGGAGGUCUAUGUUUGUUUGUUUUUUUUAGAAAAGAAAAAACUUAGACAAAAAGAAGAAAAAGAACAAGACAAAACAUAAGCUAUAUAUAUACACAAAUAAAUAACAUUACAUACAUUUAGCACAUGCAGAUGUAGUGAUGUAAUACUUAUACCAUUAGAGAAGAUAACAUCUUUGCUAUGUGCAGUUGAGAAAAGCAAAUCAAAACUAACACAAUGACAAAUAAACAAUAAAAACAAGAUAAUGCGAUGAGAACAAAGAUAAAAAUAAUAACAAAUAGCACACAAGAUGGAGGUCUAUGUUGACGGACCAUAGAUAUAUUAUACCUAGAUACUGGAUACCAAGAUGGCUACCGAGUUGCUCGCCUUGCGUAUACUGUACACCAAAAACAGAAACUUUGUCAGAUGGAGGGUAAAGUGAGCAAUGGGCAAACCGUUGGUGUAGUCCUUGCAGUGUACCCCAACCUCUGUGUCUGUAGCAUCAAUAAUACCUUCAUGUAACAAGCAAUAUAAAGCAAUAUGAAACUGUACCGUCACAACAUCAUAUGGUUGCCAUUUACUGUAGCUAACAAUCCAUACCAGAGCAAGUUAACACAACUUACUGUAGCUUUCUGUCUCACUACUCUCUGUUAUCCAGUCAGUGUUUAGCUUUGUGUUUGAGAGGCUGAACGCUCGUGUCUGUGCCGUAGAUUAGCCAACAAAUCAAAACAUCAUCAAAUAAUAUGAGAGGAGGAAUUCCCGAAACCCUCACUCACCUCCAAACACAAGGUCAGGAAGGAUGAAGGCAGAGGGUAAAGGAGCCAUGAUAUUCAUGUAGGAAUGUGGCCAUCGUGGUCUGACACCAGCAGGGGUUGAAGGACAGUUCCAGCCUGAUGGGACGCUUUAGACGCUUUCAUCAUGUGUGGAGUUAUUUGCUGUUUGUCCACCAUCUUUUUCUGAGUAAAUAUUGUGGAACAAGCUAUCUACAUAUCAUGACUUCUUCUUUGUAAAGAGAAGCUCUAACUGUGUCAAAUAUUGGUACGAUUUAUGGAUUAUUUCAAAGUGUAGCAGCCGGAAGAGUCUUUGUUCAGAUCAGCUGGGCUGUGACUGAUUUAAUGGAAUAAAACACAUGGUUUGUUUGAGAGGCAAAGACGUAUAAACGCACCACUUUAAGUCUGAAGAGUGUUUUGCGUUGAUUUUAUCACCAUUUCAUCACAAGUUGAUUAUGAAUUAUCAUCCCUGCACUUUUGUGAGAGAACAAA